AACCAUUUCAAAACAAAACACAUCGCGACCGGGAAACACGUUUUGGUGCUGGGCGAACGAAUUGAAUCGCAUUUACCGCCAUGCCGCAAGAUACGAAGCGAAUAAAUGGACCAGAAUUUACCCGAUCGUACCGGAUCCAUUGCAAAGCCAACGCACCGAAACCGUUCGACGAGCGGUUGCAGGAAGCCCUCGGAAAGGACGGCAAACGAAAGGAUGGUCGACGCCUGCAGGAAAGCCGCAAAUAUUAUGCAAAAAUCGGCGUAGUUUCAACGGCCAAAGGAUCGGCGUACGUCGAGCUGGGCAACACGAAGGUGAUCGUGUCCGUGUUCGAUCCGCGCGAAAUACCGAAGCAGAACAAAUUCUGCGAGCUGGGAGAGCUGUUCUGUGACUUGAAGUUUUCGCCCUUCGCCUCGGCAGCGAGAAAAACGCACCAACCGGAUGCGCGCGAGCGAAGCAUGGCCGCCGCACUGACCAGCGCCCUGAACCCGUCCGUCUGCCGGCAUCUGUUUCCCAAUCUGCAGAUCGACGUGUUUGCGAACGUGCUGGAAGAUGAUGGAUCGGCGCUGGCGGUGGCGAUAACGGCGGCCGGCCUUGCGCUGGGCGAUGCGUGCGUUCCAAUGUUUGACAUCGUGACGGCGGCAACGGCCGGCGUGCUGGGGGAUCGUGUGGUCAUGGAUCCUACGGCCGAGGAGGAGGCGUUGUGUUUGGCCGGCCACACGGAGGAAAAUCAUGGGCUGGUGAUGCUGGCGAAGCUGCCCACGCUGGACCAGGUGCCGGAGAUUUGGCAGUACGGGUUUGUGGAUGUGGAGCUGCUGUGGGACACGUGCAAGCAGCUGAAUGCGGCUUGUGGCGAUCUCGUGCCGGUAGUGCAGCAUCUGUUGGUGAGCAAAGUGAAAACACACCUGCAAGAGCUGGAGCUGGAGAGCGAUGAAGAGGAGGAAGCUGAGCAGGACAAGGAGGAAGGUGCUACCGAAGCGUCUACACAGGGUUCCGGGGAAGAUCGAUGAAGGGAAGAGAACAAUAAAACACAAAAAAAACACAUA